AGCUUAUUGAAUUAGUAGAUAGAAAGUACAAUAUUAAAUCAUUAAACACGAACAACAGCACUUGCGACGAAGCAAUCAUCAGAAUCAUACACACAGAAGAGCGCCCCUAACCGACAGAGAAAAUUCAAAAUACGCCGCAGCCACAUUAACAGAGGCUCUGCGUGCAUCUCCACAGGCCAAACCCUGCGAAAACCUGCUUUCCUGUUUGUUUGAUAUUGUUUAUAGAUUGAUUAUUCUGCGAUAGAACAGAAGAGCUCGAGGAUCUAGAGAACGACCUCUAUAUAACCCUCGACUCGCUGCCUGUCCCCUUGCAUCACAUCACAUCACCUCCCCCUUCGCUCGCUCACACGCUCCCCACCUCCACCCGCCCCUUGCAUCGCGUUCACCUUCCGUUUCCCACCACAAUUUACAAACGUUGUCAUGCACUCGUCGGCGUCGACGGUCGACCUACUCAAAGGGAUGAAGGGGAUGAAAAAGCAGCCGCAUGGCGAGAACUCACACCCCGAGAAGGAUAAAGUGCGAAUCCAGAUUCUGCGAAGUGAGAUCGCCCAACGAAGUCUGGAACUAAUGAGUCUCGAGUCGAUCGCAAAGCAACUGCCAAAGGCCACCCUCCCGCCUCUCGGCCGGUCCACCUCUCCCGAAUCCCUCUCAGACUCCCCUAUCAGCAGCUCGUCAAACUCUCCCACUCUUCUCAGCUCACCCGACCUCAACGAUGGUGAACAGCAGGGAUUGCCACAGACCGGUGCUUCCAGCAACAACAAGCAGCAGCAACGGAUGUCGUACCAGUUCAGCCCGGAGGAGUACCGGAUCUGCUAUGAGCACGCAAUGAGCGGAAGCACACAGCAGCAGCAACAGAUGACGGUCAGCAAUACAAGCACGACUCGUGCAAUCGAGCAUUUACAUAGCAUCAUAGACUCGCUAGAGCGAGACCGGAGUCUGCAAGCAGAAAGAGCUAAGGAGGAGCGGCAACGGCGGGAAGCAAUCUCGCGCAAGUUUGAGUCACAUAUGGAGCAAUUCCAGCGUAUACGGCAUGAGAACGAUAUGUUUAAUAAGAUCCUGGACCGGAGAGACCGCAAGAUUGCCGAGCUGGAGACGAAAGCGCAGAGUGAGAGUAAGAUACGUCAGGAGAGAGAGCAAGAGCUGAAGGAGGUUAGCGGCCGCAUUCGCGAGCUGGAGCGGGAGGUGGCAAAGGAAAAAGAGAUGAGAGCAAAGGAAGAGGAAAAGAGAUUGCAGGCCGAGGCGAGCUACGAGACGCUGGCGUCUAGCACGAAGGCCAUUAAUACUCGACUCCGAGAGGACGUCAAUGGUCUCAAGAGUGAGGUGCAGAAGAUUGCGGAAACACGAGCACAAGAUCAAUUGAAAAUAAGGUCGCUCAGUGACAAUCUCUCAGAGAUGUCUGCAGAGAAGGCGAAGCUGAUUGAGGCUCAUGAGGCAAUUCAACUUGUGCACACCGAGAAGCUCACGACUAUGAAGCAGCAAAUGAGUGAGAUGCAGGAGAAGGUCAACAAGAGUGUGUCAAACGACGAACAGCUUUUAAAGCAGGUGAAAGCAGAGCUGGAGAAGAUGCGGUGGAUGGGCCGAAAUUCAGCUAGCGGAGGCGAGGAUAUAUCAGCAUAGGUGUAGAGGACAGCUUCAUUCAUAGAUUUCCAUCUUUUCUUCAGUGUGUCAUAGUUCAUAGUUUUCAGUCUUCUUUAAGGUAAUAAUCGGCCAAUAAACUGCUUUUCAAGGAUCAAUCACUCAUUAGAUGCCCCGAAC